AUCCUUAACGUGUUAAAGGACCAAAAAUCAGUUUCUACUUCUUGUCGUUGCCUUAUUUUUUAUGCGACGUGCGCUCGCCUGUAAAUGGGUUUCUCCUUGGCUUCCUUUACUCCUAUUCCAUUCUCAUUUGUUCGAACAAUUUAAGAAAUUGUCGCCCUGUCCUGUCUCAGCACCCUGGCCAUUCCGCAUAAGAAACACUAUGCAUGUGUGAAGUUUAUAGUAAAUAAAGUAUGAUUGUCUAUUGUCAAUGCUCGUUGUUUUUGUGGUUUAUAAAAAUUCAACACUCUAUUUGCCGCUCGUCGUUCGCUUGCUCCCUCUCAGUUAAUUUCAUUUGAUUUAUAUGGAUUGUGCAAAUGGAAAUGGAAUUGGGAGUGGAAGUGGGACUGGAAAUUGGGAUGGGGAUGAUGAGCUUGGCUUUGAAGUUGGGGUUAAGCCAUGUUCUGUAAUCGCUCUUGUUGAUGACGCUGAUUCUGGAUGCUAUUGUGGUCAAUAAAUUACCAGCUGUGCAGAAAAGCCUUUCACGCUGUUGUUCCUUUUCACACAUUUGAAGUGCACUUUAUGCUUUUUGCAUGCGCAAUUCGCAAUUAAUUAAAACAAUUAUGUAGGCAACGACACAACAUCACAACAACAAGAACAACAGGAACAGGAAAAAGGCAAACAAGAGGGCAGACCAAAACAACAAAAAAGAACUUCAACAAGAAAAACGAACUUUUUCUGCGGUGAAAUGUCAUGUCGCCUGUCAACCACACAUUUCCAGUUCGAGUACUAUGCAAUUAUAAAAAUGAAAGAACAGGUCUGCUUAAAUUACCGACCACAUCAGACAACGCUUACACCUUGCUUCUUUAGUCAAACUUAAUUCCAAAAUGGAGAGAAUUAAGCAAAUAGUUAACUAUUUUUCGAAAUAUUUCUGUGAACUAUGCAAUUGUUCCUGUAUCUCAUGACCACAUCGAUAUCAUUAAUGUUAAUCAUGGAAAACGACGGUACGCCAUUAAUGUCAUUAUUGGAUGGCACCUUCCUGCAGAGCAACAAUUAUUCGACAGAAAACCCUGAAGGCAGGCUGAGUUCUUAUCUAUUGGGAAAUGCAAAAGUACGAAGUACCUCUACUAUAAUACCGAAUAGAUUAGGUAAAAUGUUAGACCAAAAAGAUGACAAUACGAUUAAUAGAGAAAUCGCCGACAGAGAAGAACGUAAAAGAAUUGAGAGUCUAUGGGACCCCGUUCUUAAUCAAAGCUACGACUUUUCUAGAUUUGAGGGGCAUGAUAACACUUCUAUUAGAAUAAGUAAAAAGUUUACCCGAAAAAAUCAAGAAAGUAUACAAAAAAUGGAAGACGACGAAGAACAAAGAAUACAGAAUUUGUGGAACCCCGCUUUAAAUGAAACCUACGACUCUUCGAUCGUACAAAAAUAUAAAAAUGAAAGCGUGAACUACGAAAUUAAAAUAGUAGAUCCAAACUUUGACAAUCGGAUAGGAAAGGAUUUUAUGUACAAAAGAAGCUCUUACUGUGAUGAUCCCACAUCUAAUAUGUCCUUACCUUGCAUAACACCAAGUGCUAGUACUUUAGAAGAAGGAAAUACUGUGAAAAACGAAUCUUUAGCAGGGAGAAGCCGAAAACGAAAAUACCCACUGAAUGCAAGAAUAUACCUCAUUCCGAAAUUAAAAUACGGACAAAUAUAUUCGAUAUUCACGACUAUACCCAGCCUGGGCACGGAAAAUUUUGUGCUAAAAAUUACAGUGGAUACGAAAGAUUACUUAAUCGACGAAGUGGUAACUGCAGUUGAUAUUGCAUUUUCGGGAUGGAAUAAAACAACAAAUUUGCGCGCAUUAUUGAAGAAAAAUGGCAUAGUAAUCAAUCAUCUUCCCUAUAAUCGUUGCUAUUAUUACCGCAGUACAGCUAGUUUUUUCAACAUAAAUCACAGAUACGUUAUUGCUAAAAUAAGUUCAAUGGAGGACAGCAAAAAGCAACUUUCAAGAGCGGUGCGUAGAAAGAUAAAAGUGUACAGGCCACCCAAAGUGGCUUGUCUACCCGCUUUGAAGUUAGAAUUCUGCAAAAAUCCCGACGAGCCAGUUGAGAUUUCGCCCUGGGGUCAUCGGGAAUUUUUCGCAACUAUAAGCGAGAGCUGUCCCACAGUAGAAUAUAAAUUUAUUAGCUGGAAUUUCUAUGAUAUUACUGAGAAAAAUCUUAUAGCUAGAGUACAAGGAACCACAGAUCUAGUCGUAAAAUUGCUACCUUACAAGGUUGAAUUUCUUUACGAACCGGAUUCAACAAAAGUGUUUCUAUUACAAGGGAAAGUCAAAUUAAACGAUGUCCUUACUGUAGCUCGUUGCUAUGCGAUAUUCAAAACACCCCAAGUUGAACCCCAAAUCAGAGGCAAUGAGCAACGCAAGGUCGACGUUCGCAAGCCAGUUAUUAUCGAUGGGUCCCUCACCAAGGACCGAAUUAAGAACACGGAAUCUCUUGCCACAAAGCAUUUUUUUUGGAGUUGUCGCAGUCGGAACGAUCCUGACAACAAAUAUUGUUACCGAGAUAUGUCCGAGAACCCCGUCAUGAAACUGCCAGCCAAUGCCCUGAAGGCAGGUGGCGAAUACAACUUCAGUUUGACCGUCAUUUCGCAAAUUGACUUUCGGAACCGGAAGACAGUCACUCAAAGGGUGAGGGGCAUCUCCGAACAAACAGUCACGCUUCAAAUCCAAUGCCUGCGAAACUGUGAUCUCGGGGUAUAUGCUCCGUUGGAAAGUGUUCACCUGGUGCCAAUAUGCGAAGAUUGCCCGUCGAAGAUAAGGCAAUACGAGUGGUGGGUGUUGGUGGAAGGAGAAAUGCCCUAUCUGGAAUCGCGGUAUAAAUAUUUGAUCCUACACAUCACGGAGCCCAUUGUUUCCAUCCGGCUGAGGGUGAUGAUGGACAAAAGGAUGUCGGCCGAUGCAUUUUACACUCUGCGCCGGAACAACGGUCCUGACAAAGGCACUUGCCAGAUCUCUCCAUCUAUUGGCAUCGAAGCAUUAAGCAUUUUUGAGAUCGCUUGCCUGGGCUUUGAGUCGCCCUACUCUCCGGUGACCUUUCGCUACAAGGUUAAACUGGGCGUGCUCGCCUCGAAUGUGCCGUAUACGAGAUUUAAACUUACUUUGCCCGCCACCGACCAAAUCAUGGUCUCGAUUUGCGAUAACAUUGAUAUGUGUGUGGACCGAAAUCUGAAAGUGAGGGUUCUGGCGACUAGGAACGACUUUGGCACGUUAUUGGGGGGAAUACCGAAUAUGCUGCUGCGUGGCCAUUGGAAUAGGGCCUAUGUCAAGGGUCUCGUGGCCACCAAAUCGAUCCGGACGACCAAAAAUGGCCAACAGGUCUACUCGUAUUUCCAGAAUGAGAGGGCAAGAACGGGAUCCCAGCUGGAACAGAUCACCAACCUGGCCACGCGCAUUUUGACCAGUCUGACACCAGUCGAUUACCAUGGAGCCACGCUAAUGGGGGUAAUUUUCAGCAAACUUUGCGAAAUCUUUGAGGACAUCAUUAAAGAGAACGAAUGGCUGCAUCGGGAUGCUUACUUCUCGUUGACGGCCAUGCAUAUGUUCUUCAUGUCCAUACUGGGCACCAAAUCGGAGCAACAUUCGGUGGCCAUGUGCAAGCCCCAUAAUCCGGAGUGCCUAAAUGUGCAAAAAUUCGAUCUGGAGAUGCACUUUACCAUCGUGUUUGAUCCCCUGAUUCUCCUACGCAUCAAUAGCUGGAUGGCAAACACCUGGUUCCUGUACAAGUGCGUCUUUUUCCUGGGCGUCCUGGCCACCCAUAGACACUAUCCUUACGAUGACGCCUUGACAGUCCACAAAGGCGGCAUUGCCUAUCAGGUGAAUGUAACUGAGGUGACGGACCACGCCAAAGGCUUCACCCUGGCCACAAUCGACAAAAUCCACGUCAUUGAAUUUUCGGCGAAGCUUCUCCUCGAGCUGAAAAGCAGCUUGAAGCACAGCUCCAUUCUGUUCCAGACCAUCUCGCAGCAGAACCACCACAAUAUCUUCUGGUGGUAUCCAGAUCCACUGCCCACCAAGACCAGUGUGCUAAUCGUCCACGCCUACAGUCCCGUCAAGUAUUUCAGAACCGCAAAGGAGUCCGAGCUGUCGAAUCCGCUGGUCUACAAGACGAAUAUUACCCAGUUUAACGAGGAGCUUUCCUUCACCCAAAGGAUGGUCAAUGGCAGCAUUCAAAAUGUCACGGAAAUUCACAUAUACAGCAUGAUGAUGGACAACAACGCCAUGCUGGCGGUGCGAAUUGUGGGCUGUUCGGAGCCGAUGCACAUCAAGAUGCAAAUGCACAGGUGGCCCACGUUUAGGGAGCUCAGUCAGGGCUGCUGUCAUAUACACCCCGACAUGAAGGGCAAGCGCAUUUGGAUGGCCAACUCGUGUGGUCGCAGCCGGGCAUUUGUGGCCAUUCACAGGCCAUCUAAGUACCGACCUGGCAAAAAGAGGAUGAGGAAUAGCUACUUGAGGAAUGCCAGGUAUAGGGAGCCAUCAAUUAGGCCAAAACAAAUGAACUACUCGAUACUGCUGGAGAUAUUCGAGUGCAACUUCUGGAAGAACCGAACAUUGGAUCCCGGCUGGAGCGAGGAUUAUUGCACCACCACCUUUGAGCACAGUCAUGGCACGUCCGUUCAGUGCACUUGCCACACUUUGGGCACCCUGUCCUCUCGUAUUUUUCCCAUCUCAGCGAAACUGUAUGUGGAGCACAUACCCGUGCCCAUACUGUCCUUUAAUGCACUCGUGCUGAUUCUAUUUGUUCUCCUAUUUUUGUUGCUCAUCAUCAUGAUGGUCUUGAACAUAGGCUUUAUCACGGCUCAUCGGAGGGAGCAGAGCAUUUUGCAGUGCCAAUCGGCCAAAAAAGUGGAGAAAGUAGAUCAAUGGAUCACCUAUGGAUCGGAGAUACUUCUGGUGAUAAUGACCGGUGGUCAGGAGUUUGCGGGCACCACGUCGAACAUAAAGUUUUACUUCAAGUCGCCGCGGCGAGAGCAGAUGACGUACCAGAUCACUCAGGAUCCGGGGCAUCCGAAGUUGUUGAGGAACAGCACUAACAUGCUGAUGGUUCCCAGGGGCACCAUCUAUAUACCCACUCGACUGGCGUUGGGAAUCGAGCGGAAUGGUCGCUAUCCAUCGUGGUACUGUCGCUCCGUCACAGUGGUGGAUCUGAAUUCGAAUUUCCAGCAGCUGUUCGUCGUGAAGAGUUGGAUUGAGCGGGGUCACACGCCAUUCAUGCGGUCCAAAUACUUUACGAAGGGCUCCUACCUUAAGACGCCCAAGUACAGUUGGUGCAAGCGUUUGAGGAACCGGGCCGAGCAGCUUUUUGUCAGCUGGUUCAUCAUCAACCCAAUCACAGGACCCUGGCAAAGUAGUGUGGGCGGUUUCACCUUGAAUCGAUUCCAACGCACCUCUGUGUGGAUCUGCAAAUUGGCCAUAACCGUGACGGUUAUCUGUGUAUAUUUCGGAAAGAGUACCGUGGAGACCAUUCAGGAGGAUAAAAGGCGAAACAUUCAAGAAUACAUUAGAAUAAGCGCGGUGGCUGCCCUGGCAUUUUAUGCUUUUGUCAUCGGAUUGUUUAUACAUUUCCUAUUUGAAGGACUCAUUUUACGUUGUCUUUGGCCGCAAAAAUAA